AUGGGUCUCACAGAGGCAAACCUCCCUACGCUGGCGGUUGAGAAGCCAGAAGAGGCGAUCCUGGAGUCCAGAGUCUUGAUUAUUAUGACUGGCGGUACAAUUUGCAUGCAGCAGUCACCUUCUGGAUUCAUUCCCGCCCGUGGUUUCCAAGAAAAAUGCAUGGCGCGAGUCCCGUCGUUCAACGAUGGCUCCUUAUCGACUCCGAUGGACGUCAUCACCAACUCCAAGGGCGAUGUCGUAGCUCAUCCCAGCUUGAGCACCCCGGUGACAACCUACGGCCGCAAGGUGCGAUACACCGUCUACGAGUUCGAAGAAUUGCUAGACAGCAGUUCCAUCAACGCAAAAGGUUGGGCCGAGAUUGCCCAAUCCAUCUACCAGAACUACACGCUUUUCGACGGUUUUGUGAUUUUGCACGGCACAGACAGUCUGGCAUACACCUGCUCUGCGCUGAGCUUCAUGCUCCAAAACCUCGGCAAGCCCGUUGUUCUCACGGGCUCGCAGGCCCCGAUGCUGGAGCUUCAGAAUGACGCGACGGAUAACUUGCUUGGAUCGCUGGUGGUGGCGGGCCACUUUAUGAUUCCCGAAGUGUGCUUGUACUUCAACAACAAGCUGUUCCGGGGCAACCGGACGACCAAGGUUUCUGCGAGUGAUUUUUCUGCUUUUGCGGCGCCGAAUUGUCCCCCGUUGGCUACGACCACGUCGAUGCGCACCAAUGUGAAUUGGGACAUGGUGCACCGACCCACGAGCCUGGCGCAUUUCCGCAUCCAAACAAAUCUGGACACGACCCAUGUCGCGUGUUUGCGGAUUUUCCCUGGUAUUAAGCCCGAGAUGGUAGAUGCUGUUUUGAAGCUGGAUGGAUUGCGCGGGUUGAUUUUGGAGACGUUUGGCGCUGGAAAUGCGCCAUCUGGGCAGGAUAAUGCCAUGAUUAACGUGCUGGCUGCUGCCAUUCAACGAGGAAUCGUCAUUAUCAACGUCACCCAAUGUCUUACUGGCAGUGUUAGUCCCGUGUAUGCCACUGGCAUGAGUCUAUCACGGGCAGGUGUCGUAGCUGGCCUCGACAUGACCACCGAGGCGGCGUUGACAAAGCUCGCCUAUUUACUCGCGUUGCCGGAUUCCACACCGGAAUCCGUAGCGCAAAAUAUGUCAAUCUCCCUUCGGGGUGAGCUGACGGAAUCUUCAGUCCCAGUAUUUCGCCAUCCCGACGGUGCCUUACCCGAACGCGUACAAACGCUCACCGUGAUGGGUUACGCCAUCGCACAAGGCGAUCUCGAAAAAGUCAAGACGAUCAUGAAAACCGAACAGCACUGGCUACUGAAUGACGCCGAUUAUUCUGGCAACACACCUAUCCACUUGGCGGCCACAUCUCCGGCCAUCUCUAUACUCCACUUCCUUCUUUCACAGGGUGGAUCCGUCCAUCUACGCAAUCGCAACGGUCGCACACCACUCUUCCUGGCCGCGAACACAGGUCUCUCGGAACAUGUACUCCUCCUCCGGAAAUCCGGAGCCCAUUUGCACUCUGACGAGCGACCGGCCGCUGAACUCUUAGCUCGUCGCCGACCGGGAGUCUGGGGAUUGGCGGGGAUUGACCCGAGAGAAAAUAACCAGCGCGAGCUGGACGAGGAAAGUGGUGGCGGCGGGUAUAACCGGAUGAUGGCCGGGUCAGCGCCGUGA